AUGGGGGAAAAAAUCUCUUCACUGAGGAUUGUGCUGGUGGGGAAAGGUGAAGACAAAAAGACAAAACUUGGUAACUUCAUUACUGGGAAAGAAUUUCAUUGCCCAAAAAAUUCCUCCUGUGUGGCCGCCUGUGGAGAGUGGAGAGGAAAAUUAUUGACUGUAGUAAAAACUUCAGAUAUCUUCAGUCAGUCUGAGCAGACAGUGAGAGAAGAAGUGAGGAUGUUCAUGAAUCUGUGCCUCCCUGGACCAAAUGUUCUGCUGCUGUUAGUGAAUCCUUCUGAGUUCAAUGAAAAUGACAAAGAAAGACUGAAGUUCAUCCUGAGUUUGUUUGGUCGAGAUGCUUUUAAACACUCCAUGGUCAUCAUCACACACAAGGAGAAUACAACAUGUUUUACUGUGAAUCAGCUGAUUAAAGACUGUGGAGGAAGAUAUUACAACAUGUUUGACAACAACCACCGACAGUUAAUUGAGAAGAUUGAGAACAUUGUUCAUCAAAACAGAGAAACCUUCCUCACCAUCACUGAAGAGACCAGAAAACCAAAGUCUUUAAACCUGGUUCUGUGUGGGAGGAGAGGAGCAGGGAAGACCUCAGCAGCCAAGGCCAUUUUAGGUCAGACAGAGCUUCAUUCAGUCUCCAGCUCAUCAGAGUGUGUUAAACAUCAGGGAGAGGUGUGUGGACGUUGGGUUUCUCUGGUGGAGCUGCCUGCCUUGUAUGGAAAACCUCAGGAGGCAGUGAUGGAGGAAUCACUCAGCUGUAUCUCCCUCUGUGAUCCUGAGGGUGUCCAUGCCUUCAUCCUGGUCUUACCUGUGGGUCCCCUCACUGAUGAAGACAAGGGAGAGUUAAAGAUUAUCCAGAACAUGUUCAGCUCUCAAGUCAAUGACUUCACCAUGAUUCUGUUCACUGUGGAGUCAGAUCCUACAGCUCCAGCUGUUGUUGACUUUGUAAAAGAAACCAAAGAGAUCCAGGAGCUCUGUCAGAGCUGUGGAGGAAGAUAUGUUGUUCUCAACAUCAAGAACAAGCAGCAGAUCUCUGAGAUGUUGGAUACUGUGGAGAAGAUGAGACAAUCUGAAAAUAAACCAUGUUGCUAUACAACAAAGACCUUUGCUCAUGUUCAGAUGGAUAAAGUCAUACAACAACAAGCUGAACUUGAGAAGCUGAAAAAGAGGAGCAAGAUCACUUGUGAUGAUGAAAAACAGAGCUCUGAGUGUCUCAGGAUUGUUCUGAUAGGGAAGACUGGCUGUGGAAAGAGCUCUACAGGAAACACCAUUCUGGGAAGAAAAGAGUUUAAAGCUGAAUCAAGUCAAACAUCAGUCACCAAACAGUGUCAGAAAGCACAGAGUGAAGUGGACGGUCGUCGUGUCGUCGUGGUCGACACUCCUGGUCUGUUUGACUCCACUUUGUCCCAUGAACAGGUUAAUGAGGAGAUGGUGAAAUGCAUCAGUCUUCUGGCUCCAGGACCACAUGUCUUCCUGUUGGUGUUACAGAUUGGCAGAUUCACACCAGAAGAGAAGGAGACAUUAAAACUCAUCAAGGAAGCCUUUGGGAAAGAUUCAGAAACAUUCAUCAUCAUUCUUUUCACAAGAGGAGAUGAUCUGGAGGCUGAGGAGAUGUCCAUUGAAAAAUACAUUAAAGAGAAAUGUGAUGAUUCCUUUAAGAAGCUGAUUGCUGACUGUGGAGGAAGAUGCCAUGUGUUUAAUAACCGAGAUAAACAAAACCACACACAAGUCAGUGAACUGAUAAACAAGAUUGACUCCAUGGUGAAGAGAAAUGGCGGCACCUGCUACACCAAUGAGAUGCUGGAAGAGGCCGAGGCAGCAAUAAAGACGAUUAUGGAGACGAUUCUGAAGGAAAAGGAAGCAGAGAUGAAGAGUGAGAGGGAGGAGCUUAAAAGAAAACAUGAUGAAGAAAUGGAAGCAAUAAAAAGACGAAUAGAAAAACAGAGAGCAGAGAUUGAACAGGAGAGAGAACUGAGAGAAAAACAACUUCAGGAAAAGGAGGAAAAGAUUCAGAAAGAACGAGAAGAGAGAAAGAAAGAACAGGAAGAGAGAGAAGAAGAAGACAAGAAGAGGAGAGAGCAGGAAGAAAAGCAACGACAUGAGUGGGAACAGAAACUUGCAGCUUUGGAGAAAAAGAUCAAAUCAGAAUCAGAAGAAAAAGAAUUCAUUGAUAAAAAGCUAGUGGAGAGCAGAGAAGAGAUUAGAAAAGAACGAGAGGACUGGGAGAAGAAACAAAAAGAAAUGUGGAAGAAACAAAAUACAGAAGAUGAACAGAGACAACAAGAGGAACAAAGAAGAAUAAAACAGCUCCAAGAGGAAUAUCAGAAGGAAAAAGAAGAAUAUGAAAAUAAACGAAAAAAAGAAGAUCCGAUAAAAAGAGAACAAGAGGAGAAAGAGAGAAAAGAAUUAGAGGAAGAGUAUAAGAAAAAAGUGCAGAAUAUGAAGAAGAAAUAUGAAGCUGAGGUCAGAGAGAAAGCUGAAGAGUUCAAUGAAUUCAAAGAGAAACACAGGAAGAAAUUUGAAGCUCAGAAGAAAGAACAUGAGGAACAACUGAAAGACAAAGAUAAACAGUAUGAUCUGCUAAAGGCACUAAAAGCCAAAUAUGAAAAAGAACAGAAGAAAAAACAUCAAACAGAAAUAUGUAACUUGGUGAAAAAGUUAAACAUGCAGCAUCUGACAAGAAUCCGCGACAUACUGGAAAGACAGGAAAAGGAAAUGGACAAGGUGAAAAAUGAAGAUGAAAAAGGAAAAAUGCUGAAAAAACACGAAGAACAAAUAAGUGUAUUGAUACAGACACUUAUGAAUGAAACUGAUGAUUCCUGGUGCAGUAUAUCAUAG